AGAAAAAAAGAGAAACCCUUGUGCUUCCCCUUUACUUCCGCUUCUCUCCCUCAGUAAUCUAAUCUUCUUCUCUUUCCGAUUCUUCUGUGCUCUUUCUACUCCCGCUGUUUACUUAUCUGGACUCUCCGUUUCGGAAAUUUGCCUUUCGUACCGGCGUUAUUCUAGUAUUAACGCCGGAAGAUCUUAAGCAAAAUCCGUUUCUCGUGAUGGCUACUCAGGACCAAAUUGAAGACACAACAUCGGCUGCUGAUACUCAUAAAUUUGGUAUAUGCCGUUCCAAUGGCAGUUCCCAAUCUGAGAAACUGAACACAUUUAAUCAUGACCAUACACCCAAGGCUAGAAAACCCUACACUAUAAGUAAACAGAGGGAAAAAUGGACUGAGGAAGAGCAUCGGAAGUUUCUUGAAGCUUUAAGGUUGUAUGGUCGUGGUUGGCGCCAAAUAGAAGAACAUGUAGGCACCAAAUCCGCUGUUCAAAUUCGAAGCCAUGCUCAAAAAAUUUUCUCCAAGGUUGUGCGAGAGUCGAAUGGUGGCUUUGAGGGUUCCAUUGAACCAAUUGAGAUACCACCUCCUCGUCCAAAAAGAAAGCCAGUACAUCCAUAUCCCCGCAAAUCUGUCGAUUCGCUCAAAGGAAAAUCACCAUCAAUUCGACCAGAGAGAUCUCCAUCCCCCAACCAGUUUUUUAAAGAAAAUGAUAACAAAUCUCCCACAUCCGUUUUAUUUGAUGCAAUGGGGUCUUCUUCCUUGGAGCAACAAAAGGGAUGUUCUUCUCCAACUUCCUGUACCACAAAUCUGCAAUCAAUCAAUACGUCCCUUAUUGAAAAGGAAACCGACCAUGCAACCUCUAACUUAUCUCCCGAGGAAGAGAGAGCUUCUUUGUCAUCUGUGCAAGUAUCUGGUCAUUCAGUUGGGCAAAACAAUUUGUCCAUGAACCUCAAUGUCGAUUUCAAGGACUUUGUAAGUGCUAAAGGUGAUGCUGCACCAGUUGCUCCUUCCACUAGUAUUAAGCUUUUUGGGAAAACAGUUCAGAUGAAAGAUGCCCCUAAACCUUCCGUAGGUGCAAAAUGUUUUGAGUCACAAACAGUUCAGGCAUUACCGUCAACAUAUUUAGACACGAGUUUGUCGCUAGGUAACGUUUUUGAUAACCGUAGAGCUGUGCCUUCCGGAGCUAAUAUAUCUCCUUACACAGAAUUCUGCCCAGAUAAAAAUGACACUGUUGAAUCUACCAAUGAUGCUCCCCUUCCAUGGUGGGCUUUUUCCAAAGGUCCACCCUUCUGUCACAUUACAUCAUUUAAUCAAACAUACACAGAUUCUGGUGCUGAAGAGAGGAUGAGAGAGAGGGAAAUUCUAAAUGAUAGAUCCUGUAGUGGUUCAAAUACUGGUUCAGUUAGUGAACCGGUAAAUAGGAAGAAUUCAGAUUCAGUUGAUUCCAAAAGCCAGCAUCCGAUCUCCCCGAAAACGUAGGAGGGGUUUGUGCCAUACAAAAGAUGUUUAGCCGAAAGAGAUAUGUCAUCAUCCGUUGUCAUGUCUGAAGUACAGGAGAGGCAAAGAGCCAGAGUAUGCUCUUUAGCAGUCGGUGCCGUUGUUCCGAUAAUGAAAUGUCGAAAAACAUAUUAAGCUAGUUUAGAUAGUGGGAGGAUGAACAAUAAUAAUUUCGGUCUCUUUUCGAAAGUUA